UACAGUAUUGUCACAACCGAUGGCCACACACGGUAUUAUAGUGUACAAGUACCUAAUCCCUACGACCGUAAGAAUCCAUACCCUCUAAUCUUUGACUACCAUGGCGCAAGCGACACUUCUACCAUUCAGCGCAACAACUCCGCCUACUUCAACUACACCCAGGAUUACCUCGUAGUAUACCCACAGGGUUGGGGUCGCCACUGGCAGGGUCCCGCCUACGCUCACAAGGGCGUUAAUGAUACCCUCUUCACCUCCGACCUUCUGGCACACAUCGAAGACAACUACUGCAUCGAUCCAUCCCGUGUCUACGCAUCGGGCAAGUCCAACGGUGGCGGCUUCGUUGACACGCUUGCCUGCUCUUCCGCUGGCGACGCCUUUGCAGCGUUCGCCAUGGCCUCUGCAGCUUUGUACACCGACCUGAACAAAUCCUCAUGCGCUAGGCGACGUCCAAUCCUCGAGUCUCACGGCCUUAUGGACACUGUGAUCAACUACACUGGCAGCGCGAAAGGCAACGGCGGCCCCCUGCCUAACAUCGACUCGUGGGUGAGUUGGUGGGGUGAGCGCGAUUGCGGUCCCAAUGCUACGCCGCACUAUGACACGCAGCCGAGGGGCUACAAUGUUACCGCGUACAGCUGCGGCGACCUUACUGACGUGGUGAAGCAUUACGAGGUGUUCGACCUGGGACAUUGU